CCUACUCGUAUUUUAUAUUUGUCAGCAAUAUACGUUUUUUUUUAGGUAAAAAUUAUGAGUGAACUAUAAGCAUAGUCUCGAACGCGGAGGGAUCCACAGCGGUCUCUGGUUCUGGUGUGGAGGGUGAUUUGAAUGGCCUCCUGCUCUUUCUUUUAAAUCAUUUUAUAUUUUUACGAACGUCUGUUGAGACAGUUGUGGCCUUUUAUAAUAUAAGAAAACCCAAGUGUGUUUCAUAUAUAUUAACGACAGACAACUAAAUUAUCCAAAUACACAAGAUGGCUACAGUGGAGAUCAGCACUGCCGCCAGUGAGGGUGAUCACGAGGGGCGAGCACUGUGUCCCUCAGAAGAGGACGCCCCCUCGCUUGAAACCUCAGCCCCCCUGAAUUUCUCUGAGCUCACACCUAGUCAGUUUGGCAUCUCUGUGCAGAGUUUCACCCCAGCAGCAUCAGCGUCAUCAAACCGCAAAGAUAAGUCGCGUCUAGCACAACUAAAAGCCAGGCGGAGGUCCAGUGUUGGUGUCCGGGGCUCCCCAGAGACAAAUUCUCUCAUCCGCUUCAUGGCACAGCAGAAGAUGAAGACUCCACCAACAUUUCAGACUCCAGAGCUUGUCAGAAAUAGCCCCUUCCUUCCCCGGGUCACCUCCACACUGAGGCAGAAGAUGGCUUCUUUCCGGAGCCUGAUGGAUGUGGAGGAGAGUGAUGCCUGUGAUCCAGUGCCAGCGCAGGACAGCAACACUGGAGGAUGCAUCAAGACAAGAGAUUAUCUGUCUGAUGAGAACAGCCAUGGUGGAGGAAAGGAGAACAACCCUCCAAUGACGCCCACAUCCAGCAAGAGGAGGCGCACUGCCCCCCCAGAAAGCUGCAGUGUGGAGAUUAGAGAGGCCAGCGCGCCUACCCUCUACUCUACUUUGAAGGAGCAGGAGGUGGAUGAAGAGCGGGCGAGGCAGGCUGUUACACAAGGACCGGCGCCAUCCGGUGACUCUGUGGAAGAGGAACAAGUUGUGAUCAAAGCAAACUUUGACCUCAAGGCCUCGUCCUCCACUGAGAACCUUCAGGAUGAUGUCUUUGAACUCCAAAGCCUCAGCCGACCACCUCCUGAUGAUCCUGCAGCCGCUUCGCUACCACAGCGUUCCUCCCCCUUCCGCAUCCCCUCUCUCUCUUUGUUGCUGGAGAUGAAGCCCACAGGGGAGGACGACUCCAACGGGACACCCACAAUGAUGAUGAGGAAGAAGCGUGUACGUUUCGGAGGUCCCCUCUCGCCUGAGUUUUUCGAUAAGAACCUGCCGCCGAGCACCCCGCUACAAAAGGGGGGCACGCCGGCCCGUGGGCAAACUCCCGGCGGGAGCUCCCAGCUUCGUUCGGUGUUGAAGACGCCGCAGAGAAGCAAAUCAAAGACACCAGAACAUCAGCUGGACCUCAGCAGCCCCACUGCGUUCGGUGCCUCUCCUACACUUGCAAUGCCUCGCAAGCGCAGAAUGCCCUCUGAGGAGGAGGAUGGAAAGAUUGUUUUCCCUUCAGUGGAGGAGAUUGGCUCUGCUGUGGCGAGUGAUACAGAAUGGGUGUGGGAUGCCCAGCUGCUGAAUUUAAACACUGCGUUCCACGAGGAGUCUCUUUCUCAGAUUCUGACAGAGUCUGACACCAACCCCAGCACAGCCUCCCAGAUGGACAUCCCAGCUGAGCCUGAAUCCCUGCCAGAGAAGGAGGAGCAACCAGACGCUGGUGUUGGAGGUUCAACUGCAGCCCCAUCCAGCAGCAGAAGGAGAAAGCCAGCACCAAAACAGGAACUGGGAAGCAAACCCACAGCUCGCUCCAGGAGUCGAAAAAGGAAGCUGCCAGAAGAGAGUGAACCUGCGAAGAGGUCGACGCGGUCUGCUGCCAAGUCGGCCUCUGGGAAGAUUAUGAUGACCUUCUCCACAACCCGUCGAUGGAACAAGGACGUGGACCGCUCGCUGUACAGCUCCCGUGAAUACGCUUCCAAGAACCCCACCCUGAGUCCCAUCACUGAGAGGCUGUCCUUCAUCAGUCAGUCUCCAGCAAAGCAACAGACUCCUUCAGUGAGCUGCAAGGCCCAAAAUCAGGAAAUCCAUCUAAACCCUGAGAUGGCUGAUGACACUCACAUGACACAUGACCUCAGUGUGACAAACGCCUCAGAAACUGCUGUAGAAGAUUCUGUCACGUCUCCCAACGUGAGUGAAAAAAGUGCUGCUGAACAGGACAGCAGGCUGUCAGCGCUGAGGGGCAGAGGAAGAGGACUGAAGAAAAGGAAGGUCAGUGUGGCUGACAGUGACCUGCUAAGUGAGGAGCCUCAGGACCAGACUAGAGGGGGGAGAGAGCAGCACUGUGAAGAGCAAACCACUACUAGCCUUGAGCUAUCAACGGGAAUCCCUUCUAUACAUGAAGAGAGGGAAGUUGACACUGUAGAACUUUGUGCCCAGACCUCUGCCGAUAAUCCCUGCUCAGACUCAGAACAUCAUGUGAGCACACAUGCACCCACCUCAGACUGCCCAACCAACACAGAGUCAGCACAAGGAGAAGCCAAGCGGGGCAGGAGGAGCUCAGUCACACAGGAGCAGCAGCAGAACUACCCAAAGAAGCAACAGCCCAGCCAUGAAAAGCAGGAGGAACGACAGGGAGGCCAAGUAGCUGGCCCACAGGAAAGCAUCCAGUCGAGCUCUGAUGGCCAAGAAGAGGAGGGAGUAGCUCAUGUGGACCUUGCUCCUUGGCAAGCUGACUUUAAUUUUGAGGAUGUGUUUAAACCUGUUGGCACUAGAGGGCAGCGCUCAGUGCGCCGCAGCCUGAGGAACCAGAUAAAUGCUGAGAAUGGCAGCAGCGGAGGGCUCGUCUGGCUGCCUCACACCUCCCCCGACUCCAGCAUAAAGACCUGCAGGAGGACCCGGGGCCGCUGUCUCAGUGCUGCUCUGCCCAUCCAACCUUUGCUCCCUGAGGAGACACAAGAUGCCUCCUCCUGAGAUCAUUUGCUUAACUUAAUGAACUGAGAUUAACUGGAAAUUAAAAAAUAUAUAUUGAUUACACCUCUGCAGGCCACUGAUUCCCUAAAAGAACAAACUGUUUUACACUAGUUCAAAUAUUGAUUUUUUUUUUUUUUUUUUUUUCCUCUUUGAAUUAUUAGAGGCGACCAGCAAUUUGUGACCGGUUUCCCUCCAGUAACUAAGCCAGUCAAUAUGCUGAGAGCUCAAUCAUCUCUGCUGACCACCUGAUCAAUAUCCUACCACUCAGCUGGUAAUCACAGUGCAUCUUCAGUCUGCCUCUCCAAAGUCACUGGAUCAAGCAUCUCCAAGUCAAUAUCUACUCUUGUGGUUGAAUGAAGAUGGCUGUAUUGCAUUCAGUGUCAGCCAAGCUGGACGUUUUUUACACAGAGAAAUUAAACUAUAUGCUCAAAUAAUUCUGUUCAUUUGUGGUUCGGGCUUUUUCUUUUUUUUCUUUUUAAACGAUCUAAGCAUUUGAGAUCGGUGAAAUGUCAGAAUGUACCUUGUGAGUGUCUGCUUCUAAUUAAAUGUACUGCUUCUAUGUAAAGACAGCACAUUAGGCUAAACUGUGUUCAU